GUGCAAGGAGGGCUGUUCCCGUGCAAAUGUCCUGCUACACAACCCAACUCUGACCUGCUGAAGUGACCUCAGGAGCUUUGAGUUGAGAAAGAAGGAGGAAAAAUGUGACCAAGAUUUUUUUUUUUUCUGAAAAGAACAGAAAGAAAACAAAGGGAAAAAAUCAAAAGAUGCAGCCAAGACUUCAGUGAUAAAAUGGAGCAGAGGAGACUUGGAAUGUGGUACAGGACAUGGUGUGCUGGAAUCAGGAGCUGCUCCUCAGAGAUGAGUGUUUGCUGCCCUGAUGUCCAAAUGUCAAAGCUCUGUGUCAGCCAGGGGCAGGAAUCCCUCCUGGAGAGGGAGGGACGGGAUGUGACGUGCAGGCAGCAGGGGAGAGUGCAAGGAGCCUGGACAGGGAGAUCCACUGACCUUCCACUCAGAUUUUUGGCAGCUGUUGUUUCUGCCUUUGCCUCUGGAUCCCUGCCCUUCUCUUCCUCACUUUAUCCUAGGAUUUCCUGGGCCUUGGGAGCAGAAUUGUUGUCACUCUGGGUGAUCGUGCCAGCUCAUUUCUAGGGCCUGCUGAGGGUCUCCUUUUGUACCAAGCAAAGGACCACAGACCCAUUUGUCUCCUCUCCACCCAGGCUCUUUCAGCACCCUGGGAAGCAGUCAUGGGGACACUCCUCUGUUUUCUCCCGUGGAUGAAGGCUGGGAAGGGUUUGUCUGCAGUUCCAGGCUGGGAAGCCCAUCAGCAAGGGAUGAAGAGCUUAAAGGUUUGACUGAGGCUGCAGGACAGGGCUGCCUUGGCAAAUUCACAGACGUGGGGCAGGAGGGAUCUGCAGAAGCAGAAGCAGGAGGAAUCUGCCCAGGAUGUCACAUCACAGCAGGAUGGAAACACAAGGUACCUGACUCACACAGGAUGUGGCUUUUUUUUGCCAGCUUGCCCUGAAAUACGGAAAUUUAGACCAUUAAUCCCUAAAGGGGAAGAAGUGUGGGGUGUUGCAAGGCUGAUGUCGGUGCCCACAGCGCCAGGAGAGGAGAGGCUGAAUCACAGGAGGAAGGGAUGAUGCUGGCAUCAUCCAGGCUGGUUAUCCCCGGGGGUUUCACAGCCUGGGGACACAGUGACACAUCUCCUGUCACCCUGCUGAGGUGAUCAGUCCCUGCUGGGUCCGGCAGCCCUGGUGGCUGGGGGACACUGCCUGGUUCCACCUCCUUUGUCCUGGGAGCUGCUCUUGUUCCCCAAACCAGGGGGCAGCAGCCGUGGAGGGGCUCUGUGCCCGGGCUGGCACAAGCACCCAGUGCCCACCACACCCUGCCCAGCGUGGGGAUGCUCCCUGCUCCCACAGCAGCCUGUGGCAGGGCCAGGAGCUGCUGCUCUCCAGAGCUGCUUCAGGAGCAGAGAUUUAUUUACGUGUUUGACAGCAGGAAAGCUGCUCCAGCAGCUCCUGCUGGCACUGGGGGCUGCUCUUCCUCAGCUGCUUUUCCAGUCCCACACGUUUGGCUCUGGGGAUCAAGGGGGAGCAGGGAAGAGCCUCUGCUCAAGGACAGAACAUCUUGUUAAAAUAUUUUCUCUCUGUAAAAACGACAGUGACUUCCUUCAGACCUCUGCCCGACGGCUCAUGAAGAAAAGCUGGGAACAGAUUCCUCAUGUGCAGCACAUUUCUCUUUACAACCUGAUAAGCAGUUUAUGGGUUUUCUUUAGGCAGAACUGAUUUAUCUCACACCUCCCUCCACUCCCAGAAGAGCGUUGUCUUCUCUUUUUUAUUUCUUUAAGCCUGGCCUUUCCACAUUGUUCCUUUUAGCAGCCCAAACACUGCCUGGGCAUCCUCUCACUGCUUUGCACCCAGUGACUGCAAUUAGGAGCAGUUUUAUUGUCUCCUCUGGUCCUGGUGUUGCUUUGAUGAUGGGGCUUUAAGCAGCAAAGAAAAGCCCAGCCAGAUAUUCCCAAAAUUGGAUUUUAGACCUUUUAUUCUCCGUGUCACAAAGAACCAAGUGCUUGAUCAGUCCCUUUUUGUUCUCCUGUGGGAUGUGGCAUCUUUCCACAAGCGAGUUUAGCCUGUUGUGGAGUGGCUGGAAAAGGUGCUGUGGGGACAGUUCACAUACUAAAAUUCAAAAAGAGAGGAAUUAUGACAAUUUCUAUAGUCAAAAAAACCACUGAACUGUGGGUCAGAAAUAUCACUGAUCCCACUCCCCCGGUGUCAUCUGCAGUUCCUCACUGCUGCCCCCAGCCCCUCUGCUCUCCUUUGUCCUCUCACCUCUCCUCACAUGGGAUUUGCCAAAACCUUUUCCACAAGGGAUUGUCAAAACCUGGGAAGGUUCUUUUGACACAGCUUGAAAAGAAAAGUUUCUUUGUUUUAAUUUCUGUUUUCCAGCAAAGGUCCGACAUCCUUUUCCACAGCAGGAAGAAAAGUUUUCAGUUCGUUUCCCUGACAGUUCUUAUACCUUGUAUAUUCUCCUUUCCUUCCAAUCCUCUCUUAACACCAUUAGCAAAUCUUCCCCGUCAUGCUCUUCCCAGGAAGUGUUUGUUUGUUCAUUGUUAAUUCUCUUGUCUUUUUUUCCCCUAAUCCAGUUAAAGCUGUAAAUUCUUCAGGGUGAAGAAGACAGCUGCAUUUUGAAUUUCUCUUUGACAUCAUUGACUUUAUCCGGGUUAGAUCACCAAGAAAAAGGGCAGCAGAAGUAUUGUCUGCUCCAUGCAGCCUCACAUUUAGAGAAACUUUGGGUUUCAGUGUUUUGCAUUUUGAAGCAGGGGAUGAUUUAAGGACAGGAUUAUCUGGAGUUCCUCAGCCCUCUGCCACUCAGCUGUCCAUCACCUCCAGAGGUUUCCUUGGCAUUAUUCCUUUGCAGCAAACAGUGGCCUCUCCCCAGCUGCCCAGAACCAACCAAAUGCCCAAAUGUGCUGAGACUCCUGUGGUUUGUCCCUCAUCCAAGAAGCCUUUCUGAGGCACCUGAGGGAGCUGAAAAUGCAAAUGUAACGCUGAGCUGGCAGCAGCCUGCACUGGGCAGGAUGAGCUCUCUGUAACAGACUCUCCUCUUUUCCUGCUGAUCUCACGGACUCUGUCACAGCUUGUCAUCCAGAAGUGAUGCUCCAGAGAGCUCUGAUGGCUGCAGCCUCCGAGAUGUGUGGGGAAAAUGGUCAAAUUUGUGUGCAAAAUGUGUGUGAGUGGAAGCAAGCCAGGAGUUAUGGAAACAGGCAGGUUUUUAUAAAAUAAUGAUCUUUUCAGUGUCUGCUUCCCUGCAGGGAUGGGGUUUGGCCAUGGCAGGGGGACCUCUGUGCAUGUUAUCCAAGAGCUCACAGAAUCCUAAACUUUGGGGUUUGUGAAAAUCUUUACAUUUUCGCUGUUUUCUGUUAGCUACACUGACAGAAAAAACCAAUACAGAAGUCCAGCAGUAACGAAAGCAGAAGUGGUUUUGGUGUCUAGUUCAGCUAAGAUAAAUUUAUUUCCUUCCAGUGGUGUUCCAGGAAAAGUGGCAGCAAUGGCAGAGAGAAAGAUAAUUUUGCCUAUUAUUAUGUGAUGACAAUCCUAUUCCUUUCCUAGCACAUCCUUAGUAUUUCAAGCCUGCUUUUCCACACAGCUCUAGCAAGGAUUGAUUUUUUCCAACUGGAGGAAUACAUAAAAUAACAGAGAGCUGCUGCACUCCAUAGUGCCUCAUGGCUGGUGGUCUGGCAGAUGAUCCAUAGGAAUACUUAGAGGAGAAGCAUCUUGGAGAGCUUUAAAAGCCAUUUUUAGAGAUGAAUAUAUGUGUGAUUCCAUCCACUCUUCUGACAAAUAAACACUACCAGUGUCAGGAGGAGCAGUCCUGGUGAGGGGCAGCAGCAGCUCCUUCAAAAAAAGGGAUCACAGCUGAAAUCUGCAUUUAAAACUCUGCCUGCCCUGCCCAGGGAAGAGGGCAAAUGUUCUCAAGGAAAGGGAUGUCACAGGAAAAGAAAACCCGGAGUGUUUCCUGCCCUCAUGCCAAGUUUUUCUUUCUCUCCUGGGGAAAAGUUGACCUCUUUUCCUUGAGGGAUGAUGUGUAACCCCAUAAAGAAGCUACAGACCUCUCAUCCCUCAGCCACGUCAGACCAGACAAAGCCUUUGCUUUGUCUGUGCAGGUUUUGUCCAGGAGCAGAUGAAUUAACGAGCAGAAUAAUUAAUUUCAUGUUUGAAUUUUUCGAAUCGGCCAACGACGACUGUAAGCAAUAACUGCAUGAGUAACAGCACAAGAAAAGAGAUACAUUGUGGCGUCUGCUGCAAGCUGUAUUUUUCUGGAAACAAUGACUAAUCCCUCUUUUCCAGCGGAGGAUUUGAUGUACAUCCAGGCUGCGGGCGUGAAUCAGCGCUGACAACCAACACGCUGCAGCUCCUCCUGCUCCUGGAGCUCCCUGCUCCCGCUCCUGGGCUGCAAGGAUGGGAAUUGCUUCCUCUGGUAUCCCCUGAAUUACUGCUGGGGAAGGGGAGGGCUCCUCAGGGCUGUCCCGUGGUGUCACCCCCCUGAGGGGUGGCAGGUGUCACCUGAGCCCCGCGUGGCUCUGUUUGCUCACCUGGUGGGACUGAGACACAUCCUGGGCACCAAACCCGGGGUGGGCACUGCCCCUGUGCUGUGCUGCUGGUGCUGGUCACACCCCAGAAGUGCACACUGGAAUUUUGUUGCAGGAAUUACGUUGCAGGAAUUAUGUUGCAGGAAUUAUGUUGCAGGAAUUUUGUUACAGGAAUUACGUUGCAGUUCCGGGGAAAUCGUCACCCUUCGUGCCCGUGAUCCAGCGGGUUUGGAAGGAAGGCUGAGGCUGUGGUGACAAGUGUGGAGGGUUGCUCAUGCAACAGCAAUCCCAUCUUCUAAACAACUCCAGGAGCAGCUGUGUUUCAUAGAAUUAACCUUGCUUCAACAGCCUCCCCAGCUGGAAGAGCCUGAGAUUAGCCAGAAAAAUAAAAAUUACCUACAAAGAGGUGGGUCAUGUCCAGCAUCUGCCCUUUCAGCACCACAUUCCCACAGGGAGAAAAUCAGGGAGACAGCAGCUGCAGGAGGGUGAGCACAACCAGGAGCUGCUUUGGAAAGACACUUGCCAAAAAAGCCAGAGAUUUUCACCAUUAUUAAUGUCAAUUCAUGGGCCUUUACUUUUUCCUAAAGUCUAUUUUUUGGCAAAAAUCUAUCAAGGACUUCAUUUUCCAGUGGUUUGUCAGUAUGAAAGGGGCCAUUCCCACCCAGCCUGUUGUUCCCAGAGUAAAUAUGUUUUUAGGCACAGAGCAAUAUAAUCCUACAGAUUUGCAGAGGAGCUGCAAACCCUCCUGGCAGUGCCUGAGGCGACAUAAAGGCUCUGUUCCCAUCUCUCCUAUUUAUGGAAAACCAAAGGCCAUUUAUCUCCUCGAUUCCCCCGAGAUUUUCUAUAGCUUAGUCAAUAACCAUGAAUUACUGCUUGGUCGAGUUAUUUUAGGGAAAAUAGGAUAGGAUGGGAAGAGGAUGUGCCUCAGCAAACAACCAGUGUCUCUAGCCUGGCUUCCAAAUGGGGCCACAGUGAGGUCCUCUCCCCUUCCCUAAGAUAUCUCAUUGCAAAAAUUAGAUUUUCAUUUGAAACUUCUCUGAUUAGAAGUGAGUUCAGAGUUUGCACUGCUCCUGGAAGGAUUCCAUUCACACCCUUAAACCUGCUGGUCCUGGAAAGUGCUGGAUUGUCUCCACAAUCUGGAAUUUCAGCCAGAGGUGAGGGAAUUCCCUGGGUACCCUCUGUGGCAGGAGGGGACCCAAAUGGGGAUGUUCAGAGGCAGGGAGAAGAUGCAGGAACCCCCAACCACGGUGGCUGCUCAGUGUCCCUCAGCCCUGCCAGGCACAGGCACAUUUUUUUUUGUUCCCGUAGACAUUCUGUCAUUGCAAAGCUUUUAUGGAGCAAUUCCAGCCAUAAAGGACAAAAAAAAAAAAAAAAAAAAAAAAAAAAAAAAAAAAAAAAAAAAAAAAAAAAAAAAUUUAAAUAUUUAAAUCUUCCUUUGGACCAAGAGAAAUUCCUUGUGGUUCAGCUGGUUAGACUUCAGCUCUGUGCUGGCAGAGGGCCCAGCUGGAGCAGUGCUGGGGGUGCAUCCAUGGCACUGGGACUUUCUGGAGUGUUCUGGUAUCCCCCAAAAUUCUCCAGGAUCCCCCAGGGAACACCCCAUGGUUUCAUUCCUCUGCUGAUGGUUGCUGCUGCUGCUCUCACGAGAUUUGCCCAUCACCAGUGGCGCUCUGAUGACCCCAGAGCUGUUAUUUAAUUAAUAUUUACACGGCAAUAAACACCCUCCUGUUUGUCUCUGCCCUCAGCACCUCGGUGUGUGGGGAGCUUUGUGUUUCUGAAGUGCUUUGGCAAAAGUGGAGGGUGAAGUGGAGUUAUUUCUGGUUUUGUUUUAAAAAGAAACACCCUGAAAGGCAGGUUACUUGUUUAUUUUGUUUUAUUUCUAGGAGAAGGUGCUGAGGGAUGUGUAAACCACUCUGCAGGAUCAUCCCAGGAAAGGAACUAAAGGAGCCAGAAAUUAGGAGCUCCAUGCUGUGUUUCCACAGCCUCAGAAGCAGGGAAUGGUUAUGGGGAGAGGAUCCAACUUUCCAGGCUGGAUCCUCCCUGAUAUAAAGUGGCAGUGCAUUUUAUCAGGGAGGAUGAGGAUGUCAGGAAGUCUCCUAAUCCUUGCUGUAUUGCCAAAUGAUGGAAAUGUGAAAGCUGCCAGAAAGAGCAAGGAUCAAAAGUGAUACUCCUCCGGUUUUGUCUCUCUGAUGCUGCUGCAGCCUGGAGACAACUCAUUCCUGCAGGGAGGCUGUGCAAACACCAUGUCCUGUGUGGAAAGCAGGGGAGAGGGCCAGGAGCAACAGGACACGGGGAUAAUCUUUUAGAAAGGACAAUCUGCCUGAAUUUGCCCCAAAUACUUUAAAAAUAACUUUUCAUUUUGGAUUAUGGAUCCAAUGGAUCGUUUGGAUUGGAAGAGAUUUUAAGGAUGGUCCCAUUCCCUCAUCAGCCAUGGGCAGGGACACUCCCACUGUCCCAGGCUGCUCCAAGCCCUGUCCAACCUGGCCUUGGACACUGCCAGGGACACUUCCACUCAAUGAUUCUUGUCCCUUCCAACUCAGGAUAUUCUAUAAUUCUGUGAUCUUUCUGGCAGAUUUUCUCAUUUUUCUUCUUGACUUUAUCUUUUUGAUGCUAUUAUAACUCAUAGAUGUUUACUCCAAAGUACCAUCAAUUUCUACACAGUACACAUUUCAGAUAAUCCAUCAUUUAAAAAAAAAAAAUCAAUAUUUAUUUAGGUUUGUGCCUGUUUCAGCUUUCCAGUCCCCUGCAGAAAUGGAAAGUUUUUCUCCAGAGCACUUAACAUGUUGGUUGAGGAUUUCUCACUUCUACCCUGAUGCUGAACAAAAUGUCUGUGUGUGUGAAGGAGCUGCAAGUUAGUUUACUUAGAAGGCAACACCGAAAGGAGUAUUUUGGAGGAAUUCCAUCUUAACUUGUCUGAAGAAUGGCAAAGAUAGAAAAUCUGGGGGACAGAAACAGAAGUCAAAUCUACCCCAAAAAAUGCUCCAUCAUUUUCCUGGAAGGAACAUUGUUCAGGUUACUGUAAAUCUGCUGAUGAUUCCUCUGUUCACAGUCAAAGGUCAACCCAUUCCUGGUGAUUCUCUGAAAUACAAUCUGUUUUAUCUCAUAAAACAAAAGUACAGUGUGAAGACACUGAGGAGAAUGGUUUACAAGAAAAAACCUUACAACCGGAAAAGGUGAAUUUUGGUAACAUUUGAAUAUUCAUUUUGAGAAAUCUGGAUCCAGACUCCAGCACAGAAAUCUUAAAAUACAAAAGGAAAACAAGGGACAAGCUGGGCUAAUGACAGAUCGGAAGAAGUGUCAACACCGCCGCCGAAAAAGCUCGAGGUGGCAGGAAUGCUGUUCACAGGGGACAUGGGAGUCACAGCAAAUACUCCUCUCGAGGCUGGUUGCUCCUGACUAAACAGUGUUUUUAGCAGGAAAAAAGCCAAAAGCUUGCCCAGAGGCAGUGGAGUGCUCCAGAUGAGUCCCAUGCCUGCUCUGGCAGCAGCGGGUGAGGAAAUAACUGGAAAAGGAACAUUUCCCUGCCAUAGAGUGAACCACUGCUAAAAUCUCACCUGUGGAACACAAUAUAAAUUAAUUGAAAAAGGAGAAGAGACCAGGAGUCCUCUGAAUUUUCCUCAAGGAAUACCCACUCAUAAAGCUAUAUCCAGCCUCAGAGUCAAAACAGGAAUAAAUGGAAAACACAUUGAAAAGAGGAUUAUGUCCAUAUGGAGGAGGAUUGACAUCCAUUUCCAGACUGGGAAGAUUGAGUUAACCCAGCCAGUUUUGCCUUUGGUUAUCCACCUGAGAUGCCUGAGCACCCAAGGACAGCCCCUGGAAGUGUCUCAGCAGAAAGUCUUGAUCACAGAUCUCCACUCAAAUCCAUCCUUUCUGCGGCCACGCUCUGGGGAAGGAUCUGAGCUCUCUUCCCAUCUCCCUGACUGCUCUGUCAGGCUGGAUCAUGGAUGAAAAUUGUCCAAGCACACCCUCAUCCCACAACUUUCCUUGGAAACUGUCCUCAAUCCUCACAUCAUAGUGAGGGAUGGAAAACACUGGGAGAUCUCUAAAGCCAAAAAGAUCAGGGCAGGAGCCCAGAUGUCUCUUCUCUGAGCCACAGCUGCCCAAAAGCUUGAUUCAACAGGAUGUUGACCUGGAUCUCUCAGAACAGCUCACGGAGAGGAAAGACCCUCUGACACAAACCCACGUCACUGGAGAGGGAAUUGUAGUGUCAGGGAGGGCAUCUGGAAGAUCAAAGUGGGAACAAACCAAUCACUCCAAGCUGUAUGGCUUUGCAUGGCUGACUUUUAUUUCCAGCCUCUGAAGCACAGCUCAUGAGUCUUAACAAGGAAAGAACUUUUGGGUAAAAUUCAGUAAAUUGAAAGAGCUGGUUCGUGUAAAAUUCAGUAAAUUAAAAAAAAUACCCAGACCAAACACCACAGGACUGUGGGGGAAAAAACUGGAAUUGAAUUUCUGUAACAGGGACCUUUCCCAGAAAAGCCGGGAGCGGGUCAGCGUGAAAUGCAACACCACACAUCUGCAAGGGAGCCUGCCCAGUUCCUCCCAGCCUUUUCCAUUUUCAUCUUGUGCCAUCGUUUGAACCCUUCCAUGAUGACAACUCACCAGCACAGCCCAGCUCCUCCCCAGAGGGAGCCCUGGGACACUGGGGCUGCCUGGAGUCGGGAGGAGGACACAGAGGAAACCUUGGCCGUGAUUGACAGUGGGGCUGUUUCUGCCUCUUCCCUCGCUGCUGUCAAGUAAUAAUGAAGCUUUGUCAGUCCAUCAUGGACAUGGAUAUGCCAGAUUAUGUCGACUCCUUGGACUCCUCUUAUACCAUGCUGGAAUUCGACAACCUCCGCGUGCUCCCCAAUAACGCCGAGGCCAUCGCGGCCGAGUCAGCCAACACCAACCUGCUCCCCAACGGGGUCAGCUCCCUGUGCUCCAUCUGCGGGGACCGCGCCACGGGCAAGCACUACGGGGCCUCCAGCUGUGACGGCUGCAAGGGCUUCUUCAGGAGGAGCGUCCGCAAGAACCACGUCUACUCCUGCAGGUUCAACCGACAGUGUGUGAUAGACAAAGACAAGAGGAACCAGUGCAGGUACUGCAGGCUGAAGAAAUGCUUCAGAGCCGGCAUGAAGAAAGAAGCCGUGCAGAACGAGCGUGACAGGAUCAGCAUCCGCAGGAGCAGCUACGAGGACAACGGCUCCCUCUCCAUCAACAUCCUCACCCAGGCUGAGGCCAUGGCACAGCAGUAUUUAUCCCUGAGCCCCGUGCACAGCACAGACAUCGCCAUGAAGAAGAUUGCAACCAUCAACGACGUGUGUGAAUCCAUGAAGCAGCAGCUGCUGGUGCUGGUGGAAUGGGCAAAAUACAUCCCGGCCUUCUGUGAGCUGCCCCUGGACGACCAGGUUGCCUUGCUCAGAGCCCACGCAGGGGAACAUCUGCUCCUGGGGGUGGCCAAGAGGUCCAUACCAUACACUGACUUCCUGCUAUUAGGGAAUGAUUUCAUCAUCCCAAUGCACUGCCCAGAGCUGGAGAUCGCUCGUGUGGCCACCAGGAUCUUGGACGAGCUGGUGAAGCCCUUGCGGGACAUCCAGAUCGAUGACAACGAGUACGCCUGCCUCAAAGCCAUCAUCUUCUUUGACCCAGACUGCAGAGGGCUGAGUGAGGCGGGCAAGGUGAAGAACAUGCGCUUCCAGGUGCAGGUGAACCUGGAGGAUUACAUCAACGACCGCCAGUACGACUCGCGCGGCCGCUUCAGCGACAUCCUGCUGCUGCUGCCGCCCCUGCAGAGCAUCACCUGGCAGAUGAUCGAGCAGGUGCAGUUCGUGAAGCUCUUCGGCGUGGCCAGGAUCGACAGCCUGCUGCAGGAGAUGCUGCUGGGAGGAACCGCUGCUGAUCUCCAGUACCAGUCAGCACCUCCCAACCUCAACCUGGAACCACUGCCAGGACACGUCCUGCAGAGCAACAUGACCUCUGUGAUCCACACUGCUCCAGACCAGGCCAAGCACGGCACCUCCCUGCCCGCUGCCAGCCUUCCCCGCCCGCCAGCCCCGCGCCAGGGACAGCCCGCGGAGGAGCCUCGCCACAGGACCCCCACCUCCAGCACCCCCGGGCACCAGGACUGGGGUUCGUGCCCUCCUCAGCAGGGCCAGGACUGCCAGCCCUCGGGGACAGGGCUCUCAGGGUGUUUGUGACCCUCCGUGUGCCCUCGGUGUCACCACGACCCUUCCAUCAGCCCCGGCGCCUCGCACGGCUCCUGGGAACCCCUCACGCACACAGCACGGCCUCCACUGGGAUGAGAAGGUCCAAAAAAAGGUCUAUUGAAAGGUCUAUGAACAGGUCUAUUCCCAGCACAAAUUUAAUUGAUCACACUCUCGUUUCUCCUGUUAAGCUUUAGGAAAAAUAGCAUCAUAAUCCUUACAAGGCCAAGGCCUUAUUCCACCCAGAGGGACAAACAGGGCAGCCAACAUUUCUUGCUGUCCAGUUCUUUUUUAUGAACAGAAAUACCAACAUUUUGCUAUUUUUCAUAAUUUCCAGUAUAUCCAGAGUCCAUUUGUGAGCCAGUGGACUCUGCCUUGUGAGCAGUAGCAAAGAUCUCUGCCUCUCACCGUGGCUGCUCUGCUAAAGCCCCAAAUCAAGGCUGACUUAUCCCAACCCCUGCUUGGUAUCUUCUGCAGACAUUUACUGCAAACAUUUCUGGAAGAAGCAAGUGCCCCAAAAUACCUUUUUCCAGUACACAGACACGAUUUUUCUGCAGUUUUUUAUUUCUUUGUAAUGUCUGCAGGGUGGCUGUAGAUUAGCCAAGAAAAGGAACAGGCAGGUCUGUGAGCCACUUUUAUAAAAAGGGUUUGUAUUUAAACCAAGGUGCUUCUGCCUCAAUGUAAAGUUUAAUCAGCAGUUAAACAACAAAUUAAAUAAGCCCAGUGGUGACUACAGAGCCUCAGGAGUUCCCAAAGUGCUGUCGUUGUGCUACAGAGUUGAUUUCAAUGAACGGGACCUUAUUAAAAGCAAAUUAUCAGAUUUCCACAAAACUUCAGCUCGUUUGUGCACCAACCUCUAUCAAAGAGUCACUGAGGGACUGGGAGUGGCCGUCCUGAGCACUGGGACAGCAGAGAAUUCCUAGUCCUGACCCUCUGCACCAAUUCCCAGCCCCAGAGGGGCUGUGGGAGCACCUGGACUUGCUCAGCUGAGGAAACAACCCCAGGACUGGAAGGGAAUUUGGGAAGAGCAGCCCAGCUCCCAGCAGCAGGGGAAAUUCAGCAUUGCCACUCUGCAGCACCAGAGAGAGCUGAAAACCAUCAGAGAGCGGCUCGAAUUUCACCUGGAUCAGAAUGUUUUCUUUUUCUCCUGCCUCUGAUGAAUUUGAUCUGACAUUUUAUGCUGAUAGCCCUGAUUUGAAACAGCUCUAUCUGGAAAGCAGGUUCCACUGCAGGCAUUCCUGCUGCAUGACAGAUGCAACUGUUCUGAGCCAGCGUUGCUUCCAGUGCCUCCAGCAGCUCCAUUCCAUUCCUCUUCCAGACAAUAAAUGUACAUUAAUACUCAUUAAUGGUAAGAAAAUAAAUCUAGGGGGGAAAUAAAUUCCAUAUUCUCGUAUUUCA